UCAGAUUGAAUACGACAUUUCAAAAUAUAAAGGGCUAAUUCAACAUAUAUGAAAAAUUGAAACUUUCAGGAAAGAUCGUAUGAAACGCGGUCUCAAGUCUACUUGGAAUAUUUUUAUUAGCAACAGGCGACAGAACAUGUAGAAUACGGACAUAGUAUUAGGAUUGGAUAAAAUUUGAGCAAACAUCCUAAACAAACAUCCACAAAGUCAAAAUCCGAAACCUGAAAGGAAUCAAAACAGUGCUGAGAUGGUAGAUGCGAUAACGAGUUUUGUCAUAGGAAAGAUGGGUAACUAUCUCAUCGAAGAAGCAUCCGCGUUGAUGGGAAUCAAAGACGAACUAGAGGACCUGAAGACAGAGUUAAUGUGCAUACAAGGCUAUCUAAAGGACGACGAAGCUCGAGAAAGAAAAGAUGAAGUUUCAAAAGUGUGGACAAAGCUGGUUUUAGACAUAGCUUACGAUGUGGAAGAUGUUUUGGACAUGUAUUACCUAAAAGCCAUAGAAAGAUCACAGAGCCAAGGCUUGAUGAGGAGAAAGACCAACAAAAUAGGCGAAAAGAUGGAUGCGUACAGAAUCGUUGGAGUCAGAAGCCUCAAGAGGAGAAUCCUUGAUGUUACUCGGAAGCGGGAAACUUUUGGGAUAGGGAACUCGAAUGAGCCUCAAGGAGAGAAUAAUACUACAAGAAGAUUAAAGGUGAUCAGGCAGGUUCGAUGUGUUGAUGAUCAGGAGGAUGAGCUUGUCGUUGGUUUGGAAGAGGAUGUUAAGAUUCUUUUGGGAAAGCUUCUUGAUGAAGAUAGUGGAUAUAUGAUGUCGAUAUUUGGAAUGGGAGGUCUGGGAAAGACUGCUCUAGCGAGGAGGCUUUACAACUCGAGGGAUGUGAAGACGAGGUUCGAUUACCGUGCAUGGACCUCUGUUUCUCAAGAGUAUAAAACAAGAGAUAUGCUUAUGAGAAUCAUAAGGUCUUGAGGAGUGGUUUCUGUGGAGGAGAUGGAAAAGAUCAAGGGUCUGGAGGAAGAGGAGUUAGAAGUUUACCUGCGGGGUGUUCUAGAAGGAAAGACGUAUCUGGUGGUGGUAGAUGAUAUUUGGGAGAGGGAAGCGUGGGAAAGCUUGAAGAGAGAGUUUCCUUGCAACCAACGUAAAGGAAGUAGAGUCAUCAUAACUACGCGUAUCAGAGGCGUUGCUGAAGGAAUAGACGAGAGAGUGUACGCUCAUAAGUUGAGGUGUUUGACAUUUGAGGAAAGCUGGAACUUGUUUGAGAAGAAAGCAUUAAGGGGUAUUAUCAUCGAACAGGAGGUUGAUCAAGAAGUGAAGAAAACUGGACAAGUAAUGGUCCGAAAAUGUGGUGGGUUACCCCUUUCUAUAAUCGUUCUUGCAGCUGGGAUUUUGGCGAGGAAGAGGAGGGCAAACGAGUGGAGUGAGGUGUGUGUUAGUUUCUGGAGACGGUUAAAGGAUAACUCCCUUCACGUCUCCACUGUGUUUGAUCUAAGCUUCAAGGAGUUACGACACGAGUUGAAGCUCUGUUUUCUUUACCUUAGCGUAUUCCCUGAGGACUAUGAGAUCGACGUACCGACGUUGAUACGCCUGCUUGUAGCAGAAAGAUUUAUUCAAGAGGAUGAAGAGGAGAUGAUGAUGAUGGAAGACGUGGCUCGGUGUUAUAUCGAAGAGCUGAUAGACAGAAGCCUAGUGGAAGCCGUGAGAAUCAAAAGAGGCAGAGUAAUGUCUUGUAGAAUCCACGAUCUUCUGAGGGAUGUAGUCGUUAAGAAAGCGAAAGAGCUCAGCUUUGUAAAUGUUUACAAUAAUGCAGCACAGCAGCAUUCUUCUUCUUCUUCCACUAGUUGCAGAAGGGAAGCGGUUCACCAUAUUACGAACAAUUUGUGCGAUAGACGUGUGAACAAACGAAUGCGAUCCUUCUUGUUCUUUGGAGAAAGGAAGGGACUGCUGGGGAGUUUCGUUGAAACCAAAACCUUGGACCUGAAGCUACUUCGAGUGCUUAAUCUGGGAGGGCUUCUGUUUCUUUGUAAAGGUUAUAUCCCCCAGAGUUUACCUGAUGUGAUUGGAGGCUUAAUCCACUUGAGGUACCUUGGGAUUUCUGAUACUGGUCUGACAGUUUUGCCACCUUUUAUCUCCAAUUUACGGUGUCUGCAGACACUAGAAGCAUCAGGCAGCUACUCCUUUGAGGAAACGACGGAUCUAAGUAAGGUCACAUCAUUGAGGCAUGUCAUUGGAAAAUUUACUGGCGAAUUGCUAAUAGGGGAAGCGCUUAACCUUCAGACCUUGAAGUCUAUCUCCUCCUAUUGGAGUUAUACCGGUUUUCUUUCGCCGGUUUACUAA